AUGUCAGACGAGACGACCGGUAAAUCCACUGCCACCUCGUUCUUUGACCUGAAGGUGAACGACCAGUACGGCAAACCGUACGACCUGUCCGCCCUGCGCGGCAAAGUCACGGUCGUCGUCAACGUCGCUUCGAAGUGUGGCUUCACUCCCAAUUACGGGGGUCUGGAGAAGCUGUAUCAGGCGCACAAAGACAAAGGACUUGUGAUCCUCGGAUUCCCCUGCAACCAAUUUGGCUCGCAGGCACCUGGCUCUGCUGAGGAGGAAGGUUCCUUCUGCCAGAGGAACUAUGGUGUCUCCUUCCCCAUCUUGGAAAAGGUGGAGGUGAAUGGAGACAACGUGCAUCCCGUGUACGUGUGGCUGAAGGAGCAGAAAGCAGGCCUCCUCGGAUUGAGGAGGAUCAAGUGGAAUUUCGAGAAGUUUGUGGUCGACAAGGAUGGAAAGGUCGUAAAUCGGUACGCGAGCACAACUACACCGGAGGCCAUGGAGGCAGAGCUCGUCAAACUGCUCGGUUAA